AUGGACGUACGUACGGUAAGCUUCGUGUCGGGUGGUGUUGAGCAGGCGAUGGAGUUAAGCCACCUGCAAACGAAGCAGGUGCGAGGCGAACGCACUAUCUCUGGCUCCGAACCUUCAAAGCCACCGACGCUUGGUGGGCCUAACGUUUAUGCGCCCACUGCGGUUAGUCCUCAGCAGCGUCCACAGCCCGUAUCUGUUGCACCGACACCGACACCAGCCCCUGUUCCAGUUUCUAUUCCUCCUCCGGCGCGAUCGUCUCAACCUCCACCGGUUCGCUUUCCUGCCGAACCACCACGUGCCGAGGUUAAGUUUGCCCCCUCGGUACCACUAAAGACCCCACUUGUACGUCCCCUAUUGCCGGCACAGCAGCAACCACAGCUUCUGCCACAUCAUCCACGUGAUACAGCACCGGCCGUACUACCGGCACCGAUUGCACUCCGACAGGCUCCCUUUGCCGUUAUGGAUCCGAUACGGCCCAAUCCCGGUAUGCCUCCGGGGGCACAGAUGAUGCGACCACCUGCAAACGUUGGUCCACCAAGAACGGGAACACCGACACAACCACAACCACCCCGCCCGGGCGGUAUGUACCCUGGGCCACAUCAACCACCAGGCGUCCCCAUGCCCAUGCGUCCUCAAAUGUCACCCGGUGCUGGUGUUCCCGGGAUGCAGCCUGGCAUGCAACCGCGGCCCCCGUCAGCCCAAGGUAUGCAACGGCCACCGAUGAUGAUGGGUCAGCCGCCUCCAAUUCGUCCUCCCAACCCGAUGGCAGGACCUAGACCAACAAUUUCACCCCAAAAUUCUAAUCUUGGCGGCGCAAUGCAACCCGGCAUGGGAGGACCCAGACCUCCGAUGCCGAUGCAGGGUGGACCACCGCAGGGUAUGCGACCAAAUUUUUACAACCGUCCAAUGGGUCCGGGUGAUGUUAGCAGACCUCCCUCCGGCAAUGAUAUGGGUGGAACAGCAGCGGGACCGCCAUCAUCAGCAACACCAUCGGUUGAUGAUGAUGAGGACGUUGUUAUUGGACGACUUCCAGCCGACAGCGCGUCAGCACUAAACAGUCCCAAUCCAGCGCGAGCUCCUUCGCGUAACUUUGUCCUGCCUGGGUCGUCACCUUCGGCGACCGGUGUUGAGAGGGAAAAAUCCAUCCCCUCCAGACCACCGUCCGUAGCAGGUAACUAUGGCAAGAACGAGCACGAACCAGACAGUUCCACCGGUAGGCCACUUCAUGCACUGAAGGACUUUAUCAGUAAGGAUCCAGCACGACCGGGCCAAUCGCCCACCCAAUCACCUUCCCCCGGCAGCCAGCAGUCUCUAUCGCCGGCAAACACAGACGAAAACUUUAGCUACCGACCCGGCCCGCAGCCGGGUUCGGGUCAGCAGCAGUACAAAAUGCAACCACCUCCGCCUGGUGCACGUCCAGCGGCACCGGUGCCAGGUGGUCGUCCCGGUGCCGAUGGCGAUAAGGUAACCUUCCAGCUUCCGAAUGGCGGUGGCAGAGAAGGUUCACAAGAGUGGAAUUCACGUUCGAGACCUCCACAGCAGCACAUGAUCCGGACUGGACCGAAAUCACUCACGGCCGAUCACAAAGGUGACAACGAUAGUGGCGUUGACGAGUACACUCAGGAAAAGGAUCGUCCCAAUGCGCUAGCAUCGCCAGCGUCGCCACUGAAGUCACCGAGCAAGAUACCGGGACUAGCGAGAAGACCGGAAAACAUUUCGUCCGAAAGCCGAUCGCGGAGCACCUCGAAGCAGCGCGCCAACGCGAAAACACCGGAAACGCCGUCCGAGCAGCCGCUAAUUAAAAAAGUACCAAUGAACAAAAUACAAGUCGGUGGGGCACCAUCUCCAAAUCUGAAGGUCGUCAAGUCCAAGAUUGGAUCGCUGGAAAACGCCAGCCACAAACCGGGCGGUGGCCAUGUGAAGAUCGAAACGAAGAAAAUCGACAUUAAGGCGGCACCACGAAUUGAGGCAAAGAAUGAAGCGUACGUGCCGAAGGGUGGUGAUAAAAAGAUUAUAAGCACAAAACUUCAAUGGAACGCAAAGCCCAAGAUUGGUUCACUGGACAAUGCCGCCCACAAACCGGGCGGCGGUGACAAGCGCAUCGAGUCGAUCAAGACCGAUUUUAAGGAACGAGCAAAGCCUAAAAUUGGCUCGAAGGAUAACAUCACAUACAAACCGGGUGGCGGUGAUGUGAAGAUCGUCCACCAGAAGAUAGACAUCAAGGCGGAAAGCAAGAUCGGUUCGCUAGACAACCUGAAGCAUAAGCCCGGCGGUGGCGAUAAGAAAAUCUUCGACGACAAGGAGUAUCUGAAGAACAUUGAGCAUCCGAUCACGCCAAGUCCUUCCACGCAGCGUUCUUCGUCAAUGCGCCGGAUGACGACAAGUGUGUCCGGGGUGGAUCUGUGCCGCAGCAUCGACUAUGAACCGGUACGAGCGCCACCAUUGGCAACCGCAUCCCUAACCGCCUCUCUGUCCAUUCCGUCCGAGUGUAUCGUGCUGUCGGUGGCGAACGAACCGAGUCCCGAGCAGAAGGUAGAGAAGGUAGAACCGGCACCCUGUUUCAUACGAAAGGAUGGUCGUGCUAUACACCCGAAACCAUUCCGAACAUACUAA